AUGUACAGUGUAAAUAGAAGUGGCUCCGGGUCUAUUCAGUCUGUAUCUGGCCGGAAUAUAGGCGUGCAAACAGGAUUAUCCAAUGGGAAAGGUUCAGAUGGGCCACACACGACUUGCAAGAUCUGCUGUUGCACAUACACAUCGAACUCAGCACCUUGGCUGGCGCACGUGGCGCUGCCUGGAGAUCUUUUAGGCAAAGCUUUCUUUCCUCAUCCAUCCGGUGACCUUUCCCAAUGUUCAGAAAAAAAAACAAAAAAAAAAGAAGAGCCAAGGCAGUCGAUAGAUAGAGAGCAGGGGGAUCCAAAAUCGAUCCGGAUUCCAUCGACUUCUUCUUGGAGGCGCGAUCAUGGACGAAGGAGUCGGAAAACCUUCCCUAAUUCCCAGGAGAGGCCGCUGGUGCUGGUGGCCAACAAUGGGGACUGUGAUGAUUCUUUUUAUUCAUCCAGUUUACACCCUACCAAAGAACUUAGCAGAAGUAGUGUUGAAUUGAACAAGAAAAGGAAGCUACAGUAUGAGCUCGAUGAUUUGGGUCUGCCAUCACCUAAGCACAAAUUCCGAGACAGAUUUAAUACCUCCGGCCAUGGAUCGCUGACUGCAGAGAGCCCUGAGCAUGUGGAGAAUCUCCUCAAAGAAAUAAUAAGUAGAGAAAUAAGAGAUGGACCGGAACAACCGGAAGACUCUGACAAUGAUAGCAACAGUUUUAUCGAAGAUUAUGCUGAAACUGAAGGCUAUGUUACUGCCAUGGCAUUGGACGUUGAUGCUGAAUCUGGAAAGCCAUCUGGGAAAAUCUUUCUCCAGGAUUGGGCUUCUACAUCUGCUAACAGUUUCGACAGCAAUAUUUUGAAGAGCAGCUUCGAUUCCUUAAACGCUCGCAAUAUGAUCGAAUCAAACAAGAGAGAACAAGUGGCGGAGGAUGUUCAGCAGUCUGACUCAGGGUACGAAACCAUGGAGGAGCACCGUCCUGAAUGCGAAACAUACGGUGAUUACCUUUUCUCAGAAUUUGGAAAGAAUGCCACUGAGCAUUUAGAUGCAGCAACUAAAGAUGAGAUGCUUUACUCCAAUGAUGUGACACCAGAUGCAUUUGUACUUUCAUCAGGAAGGUGGAGCACCGGACAAGGUAUGUUCAUGUUUGAUGCUCGAUUGGGUGCAAGGAAACCAACCAUAGAUCAAGAAUUCGAGCAAUAUUUUUCCAUGCUCAUGCUGUAGCAAGCAUUGCAAACUAUUAACAAUCAUGUAAUUUUCUGAUAACAAAGUCUGUAUCAAGUAGAAUAAUGUUGGUGUUCUAUAACUUGUAAAUAUGUUGUAACGUAGUUUUCCAUUACCUCA